AUGACGAUGAUGCGUCGCUGGCAUGUGCUGCCCCGCGUGUCGGAUCUUGUUCAGGCUCGUGACGUCAGCGCGUUAUCAAACGAUGCGAUGGUGGCCGGUUCCUGUGUCUGAUUUGAAUCCGUCAAGUGUGUUUCGGCGCGGGGGGAGCAACGUUUGUGGACAAGAGUCAGUUGCGGCACCUUUCGACGCCCAUUGUGGAACUAAUCCUUAACUCAGCAAAUUGCUUCUGUGCUGGGUGGUCUCAACAUGUCAGGGAGCAAGAAGAUUACUGUUUGUGUUGAAGGGAACAUUGGAAGUGGCAAGACAUCACUUCUGGACCACUUUGCUCAGUUUCCAGAAGUGUCAACAUUGGCUGAACCUGUGGACAAAUGGAGGAAUAUGAAUGGCAAUAACUUACUGGACCUAAUGUACUCAGACCCUGCUCGAUGGAGCUGCCUGUUCCAGAGCUGUGUUCAGCUGACCAUGCUCAACAACCACACCAUUCCAGUCAAGGCCCCCAUCAAGAUGAUGGAGCGGUCCAUCCACAGUGGCAGGUACUGCUUCGUGGAGAACCUGUACCAGAAUGGCCUGAUGUCUGCUCCUGAGUAUGCUGUGCUUGACCAGUGGUUCCAGUGGAUCACUACUAACGUGGAUGUCAAACCGGACCUCAUUGUGUACCUGCGCAGCUCGCCGGAGGUGGUGGCUGAGAGGAUCCGGCGGCGAGCUCGCGACGAGGAACGCGCCAUCCCUGACUCGUACCUGCGCGCGCUGCAUGAGCUGCACGAGGACUGGCUGGUGCGGCGCUGCCGGUUCUCGCUGCCCUGCUCUGUCCUGGUGCUGGACGCCGACAAGGACCUGCAGAUGCUGAAGGAGGAGUUCAACAGCCGAAAGCACGAGAUCCUAUGCUGCAGCGCAGUGAAGAGUCCGGUCAAGGGCCCGAGGUCGCCAACACCUGCUGCUGCCAUCUGAUGGCUGACCUGAGGAGCACUGUCUGACACCUGAUGUGUAGUGGAACUGCGUUGUGCUAUCUAUACAUGUUGUUCUGGCGACUUUUAGUUUGUCUUGUUCCUGCUUACUCGCUGAUCUGUGCACUUUUACAUUGUCUGUUUUAGAUGCCCAAGGCCAUUGUAAUCUCAUGAGGGGUUGUGAUAUAAUUUCUGUGUAUAUCUAUGCUUCCGCAUAUGUGCAUGUGUGCGUGCUUCAACUAGUGAUCCUCAUGUUUAUGUCGUUGAACAUUAGAAACUCACUGUGAAGCAUGUCUUCCAGAUAGGGUUGGCCUCUGUUGACAGAGUUGCACUGGCACAAACAAGUGUUCUUGAAAGUCAUGUCAGCACUGACCAAAGAGCAUUUGUGUGCAAGUGACCACAGCAUUCACAUUCUGUAAAUAUAUUUUAUAUCACAUU